AUGGAAGUCCUUCACAACCCCCCAGAGCCGUCCUCCUUCAUCCCGCUCUCUGAGCACCAGUCGCAUACCCCAGCAUCCUUCUAUUCAGGGCCUCCCAUCCUGCACCAUCUGAGCGAACGAUGCAAGAUUGUAAUCCUAGAAAGAGAAUUGAACAAGUCCGCGGCAUUGAGAGGUUUGCGAUCUCAUGCGACAGGAACUGAAGCUACAAAUGGAGCUCCAUCCGCCGGCGACGAAACUUCCACCCCCGCUCACACCUGCGCCAGUUCGGAGGAGGAUACAGAGAUUGUGCUAGAGGAUAUUGAUGUCUGGGUAUCAUCUGAGCGUCUUCUCCUCUAUUCCCAGCCUAGGAAAGUUGGUGUCGCAAUCCCAUAUCCUUCAAUUUCCCUCCACGCAAUCCAGCGCCUUUGUAUUCCGGGCUUCACCUCCCCAAACACAGACUCAUCCUCCCCAGGAGACGAAAAUACGGUGCAGGGUGUAUACAUGCAACUUGCAUCAGACAGCAACGACAGCCAAGAAGACGAAGAUAUAGAAGAAGACAGCACAUGCCUAACAAUUGUGCCUCCACUUCCACCUCCACAAUCACAACCACAGCCCCAAGAAGAACAAGAACAACAACAGGACGAGCUACUCACGGGCGAUGAAGAAAUGCCCAACCAAACCCCAACCCAAGAACUUUUUGCUGCCAUCUCAGCCUGUUCAAACUUGCACCCAGACCCAACCUCGCCUCAUGAAGAUGGUGAUGGCGAUGAAGAAGGCGAUCAUGGUACCCAGAACGAGCAACUGAAUGACAGUGUUCUUUUUCAAAACGGGUUGAUCACUCCUGGUAAUAAUGCAGGUGGGUUGCCACCAGCAAUGCCCGGGAGCGGGGGUUGGAUUACGGCGGAGAAUGCGCAUGAGUAUUUUGAUGAAGAGGGGAAUUGGAAGGGCGAGGGUGUGCCAUCUUUGGGGCCUGGGGCGGGAACCGUUAGGCCUCGUGAGGAAGGCGGCGAAGAGGAUCCAGAUGGUGCCGGUGCUGACACUGGUCCAGGCGGAGAGGAGACGAAGUGGAGGAGGACGGACUGA